UGAUAGGGCGAGGCUUCAGCAAAAUUUCGACGUUAGAACGGAGAGACGUGAGAACGGAGGCCGAAUGCUUGGAAGGAUUUGGCUGGAUGAAUAACUCGCUGAAUCCAAGUCAGAGUCCGUGCUUGGUUGCUAGCUAUCUCGGAAGUCCGUGCAGUCCUGGGGAUUAUGACGUACCUAAAAUAAAGCCAGGUGGUUAUUACCUAACGGUGGACGCAGAAGUAGCACAGAAAUGUCGGUGCUCUUGGGCUGAAUAUAACGCACUUCAAGCAUGUGCUAUUUGUCAAAAUGGUACAGCAAGAACAUGGGAUAGCUACUCAUUGAAUUGUACAGACUUUAUAUCCGAUACAUAUUAUCCGUUAGAAGUUGCGAUACCGCCAGAGACUGCAAUUCCUGUUUGGGUGACGACAUAUCCGGCAUCAUGGUCUGGUGGAAUAUUCAAUGCAACAGAAGCUCACGGUCUUAAGAACGAAGGUCACGGCGAUAUAACACAAGAAAAUCGGAACUCUCAAUCACACGAUACAAAAAAGUCAAAUACAGGAGCAACAGUCGGUGCCGUUGUCGGUGGUGUAGCACUCUGUCUCAUUGUUGUGGGGAUGUGGUACUUCUUUGUGCGAAGGAAGAGGCUACGAAGCGCCAAAGGAAUAUGGGUUGCACACACGGAACAGUUAGACCCGAUUCUCGAGGUUGAUACGACUAUCACUCCGUUUCCUGCUCCUACCUCUGAAUUACCUCCUAGAGGAGCACGAUCAAUUACAGGGAAGCAUCGUCGAAACGUGGAGGAAGCGGGGUCAUCGACUCAUGGAUUGAUGCUUUCAAACAUUGAAAUGUCUUCUGCACAUAGCUCCGAUAUUAGUGGCUUUACGGAGGAUUCGUCGCAGGCAACUCAGACUACCCACCAAGACCUACCACCACCUACGUACACGUCCGUGGUUUCGCCAAGAUAUAAGUAAUAGGUUUUCCCCGUUCCUGAGUUGUUCUGGCAGUAUUUUUUGGAAUAUGUUUAUAUUUCCAGGG